UGCCCACCCUCCAUUCUUUCCAGUUUUGUAGGUCCUUCUAAUCUCUUCUCAUGUGCUCUCUCCAUGCUAUAUACCUUACUACCAAGGAAAAAAAAAAACUGCUUCUUUGGUUUUCCUAGUUUUUUACAACAUCAAAACCCUCCAUUACUCAAAACAGCCUUAAAAAAUUCUUGGUGACUGCUUUUUUUCUGCUGUUAGCCUUCAAGUAUUUCUCUUUCUCCAUAAAGACUCUACUUUUCGUCUCAAAAUCCAAUCUUUUUACCGAGAUGAGAGUUCAUCUUGGGCUAAAGCUUCCAGCUUUGGUGUUUCUUGGGAUUUUUGGUUCACUGUUUGUAAAUGCAGUGUCUCAAGCUGGCGAAAAUGACGAUGCUUCUGUGAUGUUGGCUCUCAAGAAGAGCUUAAACCCACCCUUAGAUAUGGGGUGGUCGGGCGAGGAUCCGUGCAAAUGGAACCAUGUGGGUUGCUCAGAUGAGAGGAGGGUUAUCCGUAUCCAAAUCGGCCAUAAUAGCCUCCAAGGUACUUUACCUCCAGAGCUCUCUAAACUCACCCAACUUCAACGCUUAGAGCUCCAGUGGAACAAUAUUUCUGGGCCUUUGCCUAGCUUGAAUGGGUUGAGUUCAUUGAGAGUGUUAAUGCUUAGCAACAAUCAAUUUACUUCAAUUCCUGCUGAUUUCUUUGUUGGCUUGUCUUCCUUGCAAUCUGUUGAGAUUGAUAACAACCCUUUUGCUGCUUGGGAGCUCCCUGAGAGCCUUAGAAAUGCUUCAACACUGCAAAAUUUCUCAGCCAAUUCGGCGAAUUUAUCAGGGGAAAUCCCUGGGUUUUUGAACCCUGAUGGGUUUCCUGGGCUGAUAAACUUGCAUUUGGCUUUUAAUAGCUUGGAAGGCCAGCUGCCCCUGGGGUUUUCAGGAAUGUCUAUUGAGUCUUUGUGGUUAAAUGGGCAGAAACUUAGCGGAGGAAUUGAUGUUUUGCAGAACAUGACACUUUUAAAAGAGGUUUGGUUGCAUUCCAAUAGGUUUUCAGGCCCUUUGCCUGAUUUUUCAGGUUUGAAGGCUCUGCAAGUGUUGAGUCUUAGGGAUAAUUCCUUUACAGGUCCUGUACCCUUGUCUCUGCUGAGCCUUGGGUCCUUGAAGGUUGUUAAUUUGACUAAUAAUUUACUUCAAGGGCCAACACCAAAGUUCAGAGACUCUGUUUCUGUUGAUUUGACAAAAGAUACUAAUAGCUUUUGCUUGCCACAACCUGGUGAUUGUGACCCUAGAGUAAAUGCAUUGAUUUUGGUUGCGAAGUCUAUGGAGUAUCCGAGAAAGUUUGCCGAGAAUUGGAAGGGGAAUGAGCCCUGUGCAGAUUGGUUUGGGAUCACUUGUAGGAAUGGGAAUAUCACUAUUGUUAACUUUCAGAAUAUGGGACUUACUGGCACAAUUUCUCCGGAAUUUGCUUCACUUAAGUCCCUGCAAAGGUUAGUCCUUGCAGAUAAUAAUCUAACCGGUAACAUUCCUGAAGAGCUCACUAGUAUUUCCGGGCUUACUGAGCUGGAUGUAUCUAACAAUCAGCUCUAUGGGAAAGUUCCAGCUUUUAAGAAUAAUGUGAUUGUGAAGACCAAUGGGAACCCUGAUAUUGGUAAGAAUAAGAGUGAGGCUAAUUCCCCGGGCAAUUCUCCUGGUUCUUCUGGUUCUCCUAAUUCUGGUCAUGAUGAGGGAGGAAAUUCAGAAAACUCUUCUAAGAAAUCUAAGAAUUUGAUUGUUAUUGUGGUUUCGGUGAUUGGUGGCAUUUUCGUGCUUUGUUUGAUUGGGGUAGUGGCUUUGUGUGUGUACAAAAGCAAACAAAAGCAUUUUAGUCGAGUGCUCAGCCCAAAUGCCAUGGUGAUUCAUCCCCGCCAUUCUGGUUCUGAUAACGAUAGUGUGAAAAUCACAGUUGCAGGAUCCAGUGUUAGUGUUGGUGCAGUUAGCGAAAUUCAUGCUGUUUCCACUGGUGAAACCGGGGACGUUCAAAUGGGGGAAGCUGGGAAUAUGUUCAUUUCAAUUCAAGUCCUAAAGAACGUCACCGACAACUUUAGUGAAGACAACAUAUUAGGCCAAGGAGGUUUCGGGACUGUCUAUAAGGGAGAGCUACAUGAUGGAACAAAGAUUGCUGUGAAAAGAAUGGAGUCGGGAGUUAUCGCUGGGAAGGGGCUGACUGAGUUUAAAUCCGAAAUUUCUGUUUUGACAAAGGUUAGGCAUAGGCACCUUGUUGCCCUACUCGGGUACUGUCUCGAUGGGAACGAGAAACUUCUUGUGUAUGAGUACAUGCCUCAAGGGACUUUAAGUAGGCAUCUUUUCAACUGGGCUGAGGAAGGGCUGAAGCCUCUCGAAUGGACGAAAAGGUUGACAAUCGCAUUAGACGUUGCUAGAGGAGUGGAGUAUCUCCAUACAUUAGCACACCAAAGUUUCAUUCACCGGGACCUUAAGCCUUCGAACAUUCUUCUAGGGGAUGAUAUGAGGGCUAAGGUGGCAGAUUUUGGCCUCGUUAGACUUGCUCCUGAAGGGAAAGGCUCCAUAGAGACCAGGAUUGCUGGAACUUUUGGAUAUCUCGCUCCAGAGUAUGCAGUAACGGGGAGGGUAACUACGAAGGUUGAUGUGUAUAGUUUCGGUGUGAUCUUGAUGGAGCUGAUCACGGGCAGGAAGGCUCUGGACGAGAGACAACCCGAGGAGAGCAUGCACCUCGUGACGUGGUUCAGGAGAAUGCACGUAAACAAGGACACCUUCCGCAAGACAAUUGACCCCGCUAUUGAUUUCAUCGAAGAAGAAGUACUUUCGAGCAUAAGCACUGUUGCUGAACUCGCUGGGCACUGCUGUGCAAGGGAGCCGUACCAAAGGCCUGACAUGGGGCACGCUGUCAAUGUUCUUUCGUCGUUGGUGGAGCUUUGGAAGCCAUCAGAGCAGAACUCCGAGGAUAUAUAUGGUAUUGACCUCGACAUGUCUUUGCCUCAGGCUCUUAAGAAAUGGCAGGCGUAUGAAGGUACAAGCCACAUGGACUCGACAUCUUCGUCUUACAUUCCGAGCUUGGACAACAGCCAGACGAGCAUACCAGUUCGCCCGUAUGGAUUUGCUGAAUCAUUCACCUCUGCUGAUGGCAGGUGAUCGAGGAUCAAUGCCACAAUUUGCCCUUGUAGCUCUCUGUAAGUUUAUGUGAUUAUUUUGUUCUUUUCUCGGUCUGUCUAUGUUUUCUGAGAACCAAGAACUUAACUCAGUCUUGAAGUUUAGUGAGCAUUGUAAUGUUUAUUAAGAGUUAAGAAUGGCCACUUAAUAUGCUUGCUUCUUAAUC